AUGGACUUCAAGAAAAUACUUGAUGAUACACAAAGCGCUGUCGACAGAAUAUUUCAGGCGACGAAUGAGGCUCUCGGUAGAUCAGAAAAAACGGAAUACGAUGCGGAAUUCAUGCAACUUUCUGCACAGGCUGAUGUACUGUAUAACACCACGAAGAAAAUCAUUGGAAGUGUAGAAUUUUGGGUGAAUCCUCAUCCUGGCCGCCGAUUGGAAGACAUUGGUCAGGCAUUGAAGAAAUGUGGCGAAUAUCACCGAACGCUGGCCACAAUUGAAAAUGAACGCAACCAAACCGUGGAAAAAAAAUUACUGCUUGUCUUCUUUCAUUUUAUGCAAUACGAUUGGGUCGGUCUACAAACGGAAAUGAAAAAGCUACAAGCCGCUCGCCUUGAUUACGAUAUGGCUCGGAAUAAAAGCAAAAAGGAAACGCAAGCAGAUCCAGAGCUUACCAAAAAUGUGGAAAAUCUGCGAGCUCAGUUUGAAGCUCAAAUGAAGGAAACACGGACAAAACUUGAAAGUAUGAAACUGGUGCAUCAAAAUCACAUUGCCGCCCUGAAAGAGUUCGUGGGAGCUGAGUGUCGUUAUUUUAAUGCCUGUUUGGAACAAGCUCGUGAGACAGUCGCGUUUCUCGAUCAACUGCCAGAUAACGCGUGA